AUGUCACGUACGGUUGUUUUUAUCGUUUGUCUCGCGACUGCACUUAUCUCGACGUAUUGCGCACCGAGUAAUCAACAACAGCGUCAGAGCGAUAAUUUACCUUUACCACGAAGAAAAAUUAAAGGUAAUUUGGAAGAUGUGCGAAGUGACAGUGCAAUGUUUCAUAACCGAAAAGCGGAAGCUAUUAAACUUGUAGAAGAGACAGGAAAAAUAGAUAAAAAAGGACUUACCGGACUCAAAGAACGCUUCAAGAGAAAAACGAUUAACUGA